CGAACUGUCGUUUUUCCCGAUGACGUUUUAACCUUUCGAACGCGUGUUUAAAGUGACUUCUGUUUCAUGCUUUUUCUGACUGCUGUACUCCACGAAAUUACGAUUUUCUCGUUUACCCAAUUCUUUUUUUUAACGUGAAAUUCUGCGAAUUAUAAGCAUGUAAGAAAUCGUCUGCAAUUUGCUUUCUGUGUACUUCAAGCGGACCUUGUCACGUAUUUAUAGUUUCGUUGCCCUCUCUACAAAAUUCUUGUUCGGUCAUUUUCUUUUUUGCGUAAAUUCCAACGUUUGCUCGAGAUUCAGUGACGAGAAUUUUUCUUCCCAAACUCCGAUGGAAAAUUGAGUUUUCACGGAAAAAAUUCCUAACCUUCCCCAUCUUCCACCCUUGAAUGACCCAAUUUCCCAUAUGAGAAUGAACUCGAAAUAAUAAAAGGGUCGGAUCCAAUGUACGUUUUAUAAGCCAGAGGAAUGUCUCAGCCUGGUAAUUAUCGGUACCAAACGUACGACCAAAGUAACGCAUUAAAGGGUGCAAUUUCACCGACGGUGAAUGGUCAACCACAUGCCAUGUAUCAUCCUCAGAAUGGAUUGCCACCCACGAGUUUCAAUUCAGCUGGUACUCCAUCAUCACAAUCAUCUCGAGAUCCUUCUAGAGAAACAUCCCGAGAUCCCUCGCCUACUCAAUACAUUCACAAUCAAUACAGGCCACAAUUGACACGACCACCAAUGCCACCGAUAAAUGGUCAGAGGACAUCGUCUCAACAAUCUGCAAUGGCCCAGCAGCCUCUGCCAUUACAAAUACCACCCGUGUCGCAGCAGCAAACAUCGCCCCUUUUAUCACCAAUGACUCAGCAGCAGCAUUCUACCCAGCCAUCCCAAUCAACACCCUUAUUUACUGUCCAAAACCCAAAAAAUCAAUUAAACAACGUGCAAACGUCAAACACCGCAGUGUUUCCGCGUCAGACGAAAAUAUUGACAUUGCAAAGCUCGAUUCAAUCAGCACCGCUUGAUUUGGAAACUAGCAGUUUGAAUCUGAUUCAAAGACCCAUCGGACCGACAACCCACAAUAUUUCUGAUCCCCAUGAAAAAUCACAGCUGAACUCAAGCUCCACCACUGGCACUGAUGGUCAAGACAGGCCAAUCCCAAUGUCGCAACUGGGCCAACAACCUUCAGGACAGGCAUCUUCUCAAGUCAGUCAAACGCAAGGUCAAUCGUUUGAUACCCAAGCUAAUUGGAACAAAGAGCAAGUGCAUUCCAUAUCAAAUUCUACGAAUCAAACGUCAGAUCCCACAAAACCAAAGUGGAACCCUACAACUCGCCAGGAAUGGACAGAACCCAAGCAUUCUCAGACAAUAUCGCAAGUGUAUUCGGUUUCAAACAUCAUACAGUCUCAGCCAGGAGUAACUUACAACAGAUUGAACACAGACUCUUCUUCAAUCACGCUCAAUUCUACUAAUACGUUGAUUCCCGGCCAAACAUGGAAAAAUGCAACCGGAGAUUUACAAAAUUCUCAGAGUAUGCCUCAAUCGUUCGCUUCUUCAUUGCAACCGGGUCCUUCACCCCGAACUCAAGCACCACCCGCUCAAAAUCCCGGAUUCAUUCGGUCCCCUGUAUCAGCAGCGGUACUUCCUCCAACAACGUCAUAUUUACAACAAUUAGGGACCAGGUCGCCUCUCGUCAAUCUCGGUGUCCAAGAUUCUUCGACAAUUUGUCCUCAAGCUACGCCAUCAGUGCCCGGAAUGAAUACGAGCAUGCAAAACGUAUUUGGAAACUUACAGACGAAUCAAGGUCCGAAUCAAAAGCUUCCUCCAGGGCCUCCUCUACCGCAGGAUUCGCCACUCGAACGAGCCGAACAACAGCAGUCGAUUCUUAGAAGCAAUCAAGCUAAUCAAACUUUAUACGGUAGUCAACAAAACGUAGCUAGUCAAUGGAAAUAUCAGCAACCAGGAUAUUCAGCCGAAACCGGAAGUUCGCGUGUUGGUCCACCCCCGGUAAGCGCUGCUUCAAACCCCGGAGAUCCACUUACCGUACCGGAACAUCAACCGAUAAACGCCCCAAACGCCCCACCAACCAACUACGGCACACGGCCACCGCCGCUUUCCGGGCAACAAUCUGAAACACCCUACGAUUUCAGAUCACCGUAUUAUGGCCAAAUGCGAAACGUACCUCUCGACAACAUGAAUAAGAGAUAUCCGACGACGGCUUAUCCCGAUCCAACGAACCAACUAAAUACCCAAAUGGCCAAUCUCAAUGUUACGCAAUCAGGAUUCAACGAUUUGUGGGGUCAACAAUCCAUCAAUCUUUUGCAAUGUAGAAACAUACUACCCGCUGAACGAGUGGAACCCCCUAGAAUAAAAUUGCAGCAGGAGUUCUUGGACAGCAUCAACUGCAGUCCCGAAAUAUUCCGAUGUACAUUGACUAAGAUACCGGAAUCCAAUUCGUUGUUGCAAAAGUGCAGGCUACCGCUCGGUGUCCUCAUUCAUCCGUUCAAAGACUUGAAUCACUUGCCGGUGAUACAGUGCAGCACUAUUGUGCGCUGUAGAGCUUGCCGAACGUACAUCAAUCCCUUCAUAUAUUUUGUUGAUUCCAAAAGGUGGAAGUGCAAUUUGUGUUAUCGCGUUAACGAAUUACCAGACGAGUUUCAAUUCGAUCCGGUUACAAAGUCUUACGGCGAUCCUUCCCGGCGACCAGAAGUUAAAACAAGCACAAUCGAGUUUAUCGCACCGGGUGAAUACAUGCUCCGUCCGCCACAACCCGCGGUCUAUCUCUUCAUUAUCGACGUCUCCAAGCUCGCCGUAGAUUCCGGAUAUUUGAGCGUCGUUUGUGAGACGAUCGGUGACGAGUUGACAAAAUUGCCCGGCGACGGGAGGACCCAGGUUGGAUUUAUGGCAAUCGACUCCGCGAUACACUUUUUCAGCAUGCCCGAGAACGUUUCACAGCCUCAUGAGCUCAUAAUGCUUGACGUGGACGACGUUUUUCUACCCUGUCCGGACAAUCUCAUCGUCAAUCUCAAAGAACGCGAAGAACUUAUCCGAGAUUUGCUGGAACAGCUCCCAGUAAAAUUCAACGAGACGCAUGACACUAAUAGCGCCCUCGGAGCUGGACUCCAAGCUGCUUACAAACUUAUGUCGCCAACCGGUGGACGGGUCACUGUUUUCCAAACCUGUUUACCCAACUUAGGCCCGGGCGCUUUGCAAGCUAGGGAAGACCCAAAUACACGCGCGAGCAAAGACGUGCCCCACUUGAAUCCCGCUACGGAUUUCUACAAGCGGCUUGCCCUCGACUGCAGCGGACAACAAAUCGCCGUCGAUCUUUUUCUGCUCAAUAGCCAGUACAGCGACCUCGCUACUCUCUCAGGAAUGUGCAAAUUCUCCGGUGGUUGCAUUUACCACAUUCCUCUUUUUAGAAGAAACAGACCACAGCACAGCGAAACUCUCGAGAAAAUAUUGCGUCGUUACCUAACUCGUAAAAUUGGCUUCGAGGCUGUCAUGAGGAUACGUUGCACCCGAGGCUUGUCCAUUCACACUUUUCAUGGUAAUUUCUUCGUGAGAUCAACCGAUUUGCUGAGCUUACCCAACGUCAAUCCCGACGCUGGCUUCGGCAUGCAGGUUUCCAUUGAAGAGAACUUGUCUGACGUCCAAAGCGUUUGUUUUCAAGCAGCUUUGCUGUAUACUUCGAGCAAGGGUGAACGUCGCAUCAGAGUCCACACUAUGUGUCUGCCCGUAACUUCCAGCAUGUCGGACAUACUUUAUUCCGCUGAUCAGCAAGCCAUCAUAGGGCUCCUUUCGAAAAUGGCAGUCGACAGAUCGCAGCAGUCGUCUUUGUCCGAUGCUCGUGACGCUCUCAUCAAUGUUGCCAUUGAUGUUUUAUCCGCUUACAAACUCUCUCAGUCGUCCUCAAGCGGUGGCCUUAUGGCACCUAUUAAUCUCAAACUUCUGCCACUCUACAUAAUCGCGCUCAUCAAAUCCGUCGCUUAUCGUACCGGGAUGAGCACUCGACUCGACGAUCGUAUUUUUUCCAUGUGUCAAAUGAAAACUUUACCACUCGGACAACUCAUGCAGACUAUCUACCCCGAUUUGUACCCUGUUCACGCCCUCGACAAUCUUAAUGCUAAAGAUAUCGAAGGUAGAGUUUGUCCCCAGCCACCACGGUUACAUCUAUCUGCUGAAAAACUCGACUUUCGGGGCGUUUUUCUCAUGGAUGCUGGAGACAAAAUUUUUCUCUACGUCGGAAAAUCGGUCGAUCCCGGGUUUUGCUUCAAUGUACUCGGCGUAUCAGCUUACAGUUCGAUCCCUGAAGAAAUGUACGACUUGCCCGAGUUGGAAACCGUCGAGAAUGAAAGACUUCGCAAUUUCGUAUUUAGUCUACAAGAAGAGAAACCUUAUUACGCUUCGUUACAAAUAAUACGAGACGACAGUCAUUUCAGGAGUCUCUUCACUGAGCGCCUGAUAGAGGAUCGUUCCGAGAAUGCAUUGAGUUACUUCGAAUUCUUGCAACAUUUGAAGACUCAGGUGAAAUAAUAAUAUAGAAAUUAAACGUGAAUAAUAAAAAAAAAAAAAAAAACAAUAACAAUUCAACUAAAUGGGAUGUCCAUGAGUCAGAGGAAAAGAAUUCGAGUGAUAGUAAAACAUCUCACUACGAAAGGGUGGGUGCAGUUUAACAUAAGCGAAUUCGAAAACAAAAGUGAAAGAUACAAGUAUAGAAAAAAUCGGUGAUGUUCGCGUACAGUGAUAUAAAAUCUUUCAUAAACACAACUUAUGAUAAAGCAACAGAAAAACGAGAGAUCGUUUAUGUAUAGCAAUUAUGUCAAAUGCUCUCAAAAACUUCUCCAUAGGCCAAGCAAAUAAAGAUGUUUUUUCCCAAAAAUAUUACCCGAAUACUGCAGCUGCUAUCACACGCGGAACAAUCUUCAAAUCUUAAAUAUAUAGUUUUCUACUCGAGGGUUCCAUUUAAAAAAUUUUUUUUAUUAUUAAUUAUUUAGUCCAAGGAAUCGUAUAUUUUUUGCUUGGCAAACGAAAGUUAAUAGAACAACGUAAAUAAGCCCGGUGGACGUGUUAUAAAGUAUCAAAAUAUGAGAAAAAUAAAUGCUUUAACGCAUUUUUAAGAGAGCAAAACCAAAAAAUGAGCGUUUUUUCAAAAAUCCAAAACCCCGUAAAGUACGUUCAUCUUAAGUUAAAGCGCAGGUCCUUUGCGACAUGGUAGAUAUUGACUACGUUUACACAGCGCUCUUAUUCCGGAUUAGUUAUAUCAAUAUAGAUAUACAAAAUUCAUAUCUAUUGAUAUAUAUAAAUAUACCCGUCUGUACAUACAAAACUAAAAUAAGAGUGCCGUGCAAACGUAGUCAUCGAUAGAUACUUGAUGUGUGCGAAACCCAGCGAAUGUAACAUGAUUAGUUUUUGCGGAAUUACUAGGAAAAAUUUUGAAUGGCAUAUGUUACUACGAGGCUGAAUACUAAAGAUGGGUCGAUUUUUACUUAUAAAACAGAUUUGGAAAGAAGAAGACAGACACAGUGAAGACGCUCAGCAUGCUUGUAUUACUAUGUAUAUACUUCUUCCGCGUAUGUCAUUCUACCCCCACCACUCAACCGCUUAUGUGCUCUUAACGGGAAUUUUGGUCAUGUUAGCGCUAAACUCAAGGCUCGUUGCAAAAUAUGGCAUUAAAAUGUUCCGAUUGCAAUUACUUAAAAACUAAUUGUGCUACAGCCCCUGGAUUUCGCACAUCAGAAGUAUCUAUUAAUAUCUACUAUCUCGCAAAAAACCUGCACUACAAAUAAAGAACAAGACAGAGUUACGUAUUUUUGAACAAACCUUAAUUCUUUCGGUUUUUUUGGUUCCUUUUCCUUAAAAACGAAUUAAUUGAGUCGUUCCAGCGCUCAUUUUUUUCAUAUUUAGAUUCGCUACAAUUUGCCCAUCAGGAUCAUUUACGUUGCUUUUUGACUUAUAAACGUUUUAUAAACGCUAAAUAGUUAUUAAAUAAAAUUGUUGAAACUAAAAUGGAAACCUUGAAUAGAAAACCACGAAUUAAGGAUCUGGAAAUUGUUUCGCAUGUGACAGUACCGGUAGUAUCGGGGCAAUAUUUCCAUCAAAAUCUGGUGAUUUUAGAGCUAUUUCGCUUGGUAUAUGGAUGGUUCGAGUCUGCACGAGCUAUGCACGAUUAGCUGACAGUUCAAGGCAUAUUAACCAUCGUCAUUAUUUCCGGGACAUCACGAUUUCAUACUCACUCACACCGAGGAAAAACUAGUGACUCAUAUCCCAUAUAUAUAUAUUUCUAACAUAUGGUCCCGGUACGAGUAUGCAGGUAAUCCUUUAUGGAAAAUGUCACUGGUGUGGCAUUCAAGGCUACAAAAAUCAACGAUUAUUCAACGAUCCAGGAUAAUCGUGCAAGCAAAAAUAACUCAUUUUUGUAGGAAACUCAAUUUUGUUCAAUCAAUUGGAUGUAAACUCGAACCCAAACAAACCCAAAGCAAAAAGAAUUUUUCGUUCGUUUGGUUGAUGUAGUCCAAGUAUAAUUGUAUAGCCGUUGAACGGCGUAGAAAUUGAAAUAACUGGAGUAAUUUUCCAAUAAGACCGAUAACACACUAAUCGGUCACAGUUAGAUUGAGUCGGUUUUGUUAAAAAAUAUUUGCUGUUGUACAAAAACGCGCGGCUCGUCGCGUAAGAAAUUUGUAUCGUAAGCAUCAAUAUAUAUUAUACAUGAUUAAACGCGAUAUUGAAUUUUUUAAUUAUCUCUGCAAGAAAAGAAACAUUUAUGCACGAUGUCGUGGAACAUGAAAGAAAAAAUGAAUUCGAUAUAAUUGUCAUUUUGUUAUAAAAUGUUUCAAACUUUUCUGCUCCCAUAUCGCCCUAAAUUUGACAAAAAUGCGUCCGCACUAUGUUCGAAUAAGGAGAACCCGAGAAUCUUAAUGUAAACUGUAAAGAGACUACGAAAAAUCAGUACCGGUAUCGUAAUAAUUGUAAUUUUGUUAUAAUGUGAAGGUUACGCGAUGAAAAAAGAUCUUCCUGCGAUGCAACGGAGGCUGCCUUAGAAAUAGAUCAAUACAUGCCUUGAUCCUUCUUUCGAUAUUGGCAUUAUGGUGUCAAUUUGUAGAGAGAAAAAACCAUCCAUUGACAACGGCCAGAAGCAAGAUUUAUAUAUUUCCAUAAUUUGCUCGAUUUUAUUUUCUAAAGUGAUACAGUUCCGCUGCGACGCUGCGAUGGGUAAAAAGAUCUUGGAAUUCUGAAGAAAAAAGGUUCCUGCAAUGAACGGUUCGUGACAUAUCACGCGAAUUAGCGAUAGCUGAUCGACGGUCACGGUUAGUAAAAGCAAGUGCGGCCAUUACCCGGCCCGGAUUGGCCUAUUUUUAUCGCGUGAAUAAUUUUUUCACCGAACGUCAAAGGAAAAAAUGGUUAAGGAAUUUUCUCUUCAGAAUUACGUAAUCUUUAUACGCUUGAAACUUGAAUAUAUAUAUAUGUACACACAAAAUACUGUACUUUAUUUGGAUAUCGUCAACAAAAAACAAUUUGUGAAUUGUAGAAUAAUUUAAAAAAGCGUUACGGAAGUUGCCGGUUGAAAGGAAAACAAAUUACGAGUUGUAGGAAUAUGAAUGUUGUGCGCAUAAAAAAAAAACGAAAAUAAAUAAAAUAAUUAUAAUAUCAAGACGAAAGAUGCAGAAAGAGAACAAAAUAAAAUUGAACGAUUUGCAAAUUCAACAAUUAUGUAAUAUUAGAGUUUCAACAAAUUCAAAGUAGAAACGUAAAUACAAGUAUGAAAAGAAAAACGAAGUGAUUCUUAGACCGUACGUGUUGUAAGUUUGUUUGUUACGUUGAUUCAUGACAUCCGUCACAUGUUGUAUACCACGACUGACCUAUUUUUCUCUGACGUUCGUUCUCGUUUUUUUUUUCAUAUGUUAUUUUAUUAUUUAUCGAUUUAAUAUUAGGUUUUGGUUAUAUCUUUAGUCUGUCAGGUAAUAUGUAUCUCUGUACAUUAUAUACACAAUACAUAAAUGGGACGAACGAGUGAUGAGAGUA